AUGCAUACUUUCAUCGUCUUGCUGUUAACGGGGUUCGCCUGGCAAAUCAAUGCAAAGAACUAUGUACGCGUCUGUUACCACACCAACUGGUCUCAGUAUCGCCCAGGUGCAGGCAAGUUCUGGCCUGAGAAUAUCGACCCCCAUCUUUGCACACAUUUGGUGUACUCUUUUGCCAAGAUUAACCGUAACAACGACAAACUGGCCAUGUACGAGUGGAACGAUGACAAACUAUACCCAAGGUUUAACGCACUAAAGAAGGAAAACCCUGAUUUGAUAACCCUUCUGGCCGUAGGUGGUUGGAACCACGAGAAUCAUAACAGCCCAUUCUCCAAGAUGGUCAAAACUGCAGCUUCUAGGAAGGUAAUUUUAAAGGCUACCUUUAUACCUGAACUAUGAGAACUGUCAGUGUCUUUUGAGGGAAAAAAUUUACUGCGAUAUUCGUAUUUCAGCCCCAAAAGACCCUAAAAAGCGUUGAUUUUCUAUUUUGACUCUACUGUUUCAUUUAAACUUGGCGAUUCCUCAGGGAUUAUGAAAUUAGCCGCAGUGAUGUCAUUAAAAUAACGGAGCCUACCGUUUGAUUUUAAUCUAAAACAUCUAACUUAAUUUCAUAAAUGUCAUAAGUUUCAUCUGCGCGAAUAUAACCAUUUUCGACUCUGUUCUCGACUGAAAAUAAACAUAGAGCCUCGAAUUCUCUUUAUAGAGCGCGGCACAACUUUUACAAUAAAUAUUUCCUGCUAUCGUUGUCGAUAUUAAACGUCCUUCUUUUUUUUUUGACUUCAAUCUUUUUAUUGCGCGUCCGUAAUAAAGGUGUGAUCUGGCCUCACAAUAGGGAAAACAAUAGAGAGAUUCGGCUAUUUUCACCCGCCUACUCCACGAUGAAGAGUACUGCCGCGCUUUCAUGGUAACCAAUGAAAAAGACUCCUGUUCAGCAUUUUAGAAUAAAAAUAAGCGCUAUGGCAGACCUAGAAGCUUUCACCGACUGUAAGUAAUUGUCUCGAGAGCAAUGGCCAUUUCUCCCGAUGGGCCGGCGAUGAGGGCAACUUAGAUUACUACCGAUUUCUCAUGUAAAGAAAAAUAGCCAGAAAAAUCUCUAACGUAUUUCAAGUGCAUGUAGUUAGAUAAAGAAAACAUCUCUGAAUGGCUCUAGCGUGGUUUCUUAAAUCUCUCUAACAGCUUAUACUUGAGCAGUUGUUAGACUGUUUUGUGUCUGUCCAUCUUUCUUUUUGCUAUAUAUUUUGUUAAUGAAUGUGAACACCAUUCUUUUCAAGGUAUUUAUUGACUCUUCAAUUGAGAUGCUACGAACCUGGGGUUUCGAUGGUCUCGAUCUGGACUGGGAAUAUCCCGCUGUUCGAGGCGGUUCUCCACCAGGGGACAAACAAAAAUUCACUGUUCUUUGCCAGGAGUUGUUGGAUGCCUUCAAAGCGGAGGCGGCGCAGACUGGAAGGCCCCGUCUUUUGCUAACAGCUGCUGUGGCAGCUGGUUAUGCUACAAUCGACAAAGCCUACGAGGUUGCAAAAUUAGGUCCAUUGCUUGACAUUCUCAACUUGAUGACCUAUGACCUUCACGGUAACUGGGACCAAGUGACCGGCCAUCAUACAGCCAUGGUAGGAGAUGACAAGCUUACCGUGCCUUACGCAGCCCAGUACUGGAUUGACAAAGGUUUUCCUGCAAAUAAGAUCGCUCUUGGUAUGGCUACUUAUGGACGAGCGUUCGCCCUGAAAGACCCCAGCAACAGUGGUCUCGGUGCCCCAAAGCACGAUUGGCAGAAGCCCCACAAGGGUCAGUACACCCGUGAAGCAGGAUUCCUGGCCUACUACGAGAUCUGCAAGCUUGGCUUGAAUGUUGUCACAGUAAAUGGAGUCGAGGCUCCAUACGGCCACAAAGGUACCAUCUGGGUAGGCUUUGACAAUAAGCGUAGCCUGCACAAUAAGACAACCGAAGUUAUCAAGAAAAAGGGUCUCAAGGGUGCAAUGUUCUGGGCCCUGGAUUUAGAUGAUUUCAGUGGCAAGCAAUGUGGUCAAGGUAAAUAUCCGUUGAUAAACGCCGUGAAAAAGUACUUGGGAGGCUACACCCCACCACCUCGGCCAACGGUGCAGACUCCUUCACCUGGUGCUACAACCACUGAACCCAGCCCUGUAACGACGUUACCUCCGGUACCACCAACUACCAACCCCACAGGUUCUGGUACCUGCGUAGCUAUACCACCGUUCGAUCAGCAACCAGGCAUGGAUGGAUGGUGCAGCUCAAAUUGUGCAAUUGGAAAUUGCCCUGCGAGUCACUGCAAAUGUGAUUAAGACAAAGUAAAAAUGCUUUACUGAUUAAGGUGCAAUAAUGUAAUGUAUAAGGUAUUGGGACAGGGAUGUAGAAUAAAAUAUCAAUGAUU